CUGGGACAGUCACUCCUGGUGUUGGUGGUAUAACAAGGCUGCCUGCCUCAGAAUAAGAUGCCUGUUUGCGGGGAAGGAAGAUGUGAGUUUGGGAGCCUUGAUCUUGCUCAUUUGACUGUGGGGUUUUCUCCUGUCGAUGAAAGAUGUUUCUUGGCUGGCGACAAAAGGAGAGGUCUUUAAAAGCUUUUUGAAAAUUAAAUAAUUUGGCAGCAGGCACAUAGAAGGCUUGGAUACUCCACUUAACCAUGAAUGUGCUUCAGAAAGGUUAACCCGACGAGGCAAGAUCAUGGGGAAUUCCUAUGCCGGACAGCUGAAAUCCGCCCGAUUUGAGGAAGCGCUCCACAACUCCAUAGAAGCGUCUCUGAGGUGCAGUAGCGUCGUGCCGCGCCCGAUUUUUUCUCAACUCUACCUGGACCCCGAUCAGCACCCCUUCUCUCCCACGGACGUCAAGCCUAAGGUGGAAGAUCUGGACAAGGAGUUGGUGCACCGUUACACACAGAAUGGGAGUCUGGAUUUUUCCAACAAUCCAGCGGUCAAUGAAAUGGAGGACGAAGAGGAGGAUGAAGAGAUGUCAGAUUCCAACAGCCCCCCAAUCCCUUAUUCACAAAAGCCAGCCCCAGAAGGAUCUUGCACAACAGAUGGUUUCUGCCAAGCAGGCAAAGACUUGCGCCUGGUAUCCCUGUGCAUGGAGCAGAUCGACGUCCCCGCCGGGUUCCUGCUGGUGGGUGCCAAAUCCCCCAAUCUUCCUGAGCACAUUCUGGUCUGCGCGGUAGACAGGCGGUUCCUGCCGGACGAUCAGGGGAAAAAUGCACUUUUAGGGUUUUCUGGAAACUGUAUAGGCUGCGGAGAAAGAGGCUUUCGCUAUUUCACAGAAUUUUCCAACCACAUUAAUCUGAAACUCACCACGCAGCCCAAGAAGCAGAAGCACUUAAAGUACUACCUAGUCCGGAAUGCCCAGGGGGUGCUGACCAGGGGACCGCUGAUCUGCUGGAAAGAAUGUAGGAGCCGACAAUCCUCCGCCUCGUGCCACACUGCCAAACCAAAUCCUUCGGUGACGUCGACUGGGAUCCCCGAAAAUGGAACAGCAAACGGAUUCAAAUCGGGGUUCACUCAGACAGAUGGUGCUCAUGGAAAUGGCUCUGGAGGGAGAGGCGGCCUAACCAGCUCUGUGCUGCCCCGGUCGGCCCCCAGUGCGGGAUCCCCCAGGCCAGGCCAAGCUGCCGGAGAGCCAGCAUCCGUGGCCAGCUCCGGGCCUCCAAAGAAGCGCCACCGAGGAUGGUUUCCUGGCUCCCCUGGCCCCCCGCCUGCCCUGGUGGUGCCCGUUCCUGCAGUGAGGCCUCUGGCACGCACAGAGCCCCUCCUCUCAGUUCCGGUGGCUCCAGCCGUGGUGACGGGAAUUUUGCACCCUCGCCCCAUCCCGGCAGGGGAGACUGUCAUCGUCCCCGAAAACCUGUUGAGCAACUCAGGAGUACGACCGGUCAUCCUCAUAGGUUACGGCACUUUACCCUAUUUCUAUGGGAAUGUCGGUGAUAUCGUGGUGAGCCCCUUGCUGGUGAAUUGCUACAAGAUCCCUCCGCUGGAGAAUGGAGACUUGGAACCCCUGGGUCUGACAGGCAGCCAGCUCCUGAGUGUGGAAAACAUGAUUCUGUUGACAAUCCAGUACCUGGUGCGGCUGGGUCCAGAUCAAAUACCUCUCAGAGAAGAAUUCGAGCAGAUCAUGAUGAAAGCGAUGCAGGAAUUUACUCUGAGAGAGAGAUCCUUGCAGAUGAGCGCCCAGUGUGUCUCCGUGUCACCGGGGCAGCUCCCCUGGCUUGCGAGGCUCAUUGCCAGCGUCUCGCAAGACUUGGUGCAUGUGAUUGUUACGCAGAAUUCUCUGGCUGAGGGCAUCUCAGAGAUACUGAGAUCUCUCAGUGAAAUGAGACUCCAGCAAAGACUGCCAGACUAUGUUGUGGCCAUCUGUGCAUCAAAGAUCAGAGGGAAUGAAUUUUGUGUAAUCGUCUUAGGUCAGUACCAGUCCCGGGCCCUGGCGGAGAGCAUGCUUACCACAAGUGAGUUUUUGAAAGAGAUUAGCUACGAGCUCAUCACGGGCAAGGUCAGUUUCCUGGCAUCGCAUUUCAAAAACACAUCACUAGGUGACAACCUGGACAAGCUUCUGGAGAAGAUGCAGCAGAGAAGAGGGGACAACGUGGUCACGCCUUUCAACGGGGAUGUCAACGAGUGUGUGCCCUCCCAGGAGGCCGCCGCCAUGCUGCCCAUCCGAAGCCGGGGCUUGGAGAUUGACACCUUCCAGAUCUACCAGCCUCAGCUCACGGUGGCCAGGAAGCUCCUGUCCCAGGUGUGUGCCAUAGCGGACAGCGGCAGCCAGAGCUUGGACCUGGGUCACUUCAGCAAGGUUGACUUCAUCAUCGUCGUCCCACGCUCGGAGGUCCUGGUCCAGCAGACGCUCCAGCGGAUCCGGCAGUCAGGUGUCCUCGUAGACUUGGGUCUGGAGGAAAUUGGGACGGCUUAUCAGCGAGCGGAGAAAUAUGUCGUUCGUCUAGACAACGAUAUCCAGACCAAGUUCGAAGUGUUUAUGAGGAGGGUGAAGCAGAAUCCGUACACCCUGUUUGUUCUUGUUCAUGACAACUCUCAUGUGGAGCUGACUAGGGUCAUCUCCGGCUCACUGUCGCACGGAGACCCGAGCCACGGGCUGGCUGACCGGGUCAUUAACUGCAGAGAAGUCCUGGAAGCGUUCAACCUCCUGGUGCUCCAGGUCAGCUCCUUCCCGUAUGCCCUGCAAACCCAACAGUCCAGAAUCAGCUCCACCAAUGAGGUGCACUGGAUCCAGUUUGACAGCAUGGAGGAGAUGGGCAGCGAGGAGAAGCUGUACUUCGGUCUAAAUGAGUAUAGCAAGUCUCUGCAGUGGGGGAUCACGAGCCCGCUCCUGCGAUGCGAUGAGACGUUUGAGAAGAUGGUGAACACCCUGUUGGAGAGGUACCCCAGGCUACACAGUAUGGUGAUUCGCUGCUACCUUCUUAUCCAACAGUAUUCCGAAGCCUUGAUGGCCCUCACCACCAUGGCCUCCCUCCGCGACCACAGCACCCCGGAGACGCUCAGCAUCAUGGACGACCUCAUCAGCUCACCGGGAAAGGACAAAAGUGGACGGGGACACAUGCUCAUCAUCAGGGUCCCCUCGGUGCAGCUGGCGAUGCUGGCCAAGGAGAGGCUCCAGGAAGUGCGCGAUAAACUGGGCCUGCAGUAUCGCUUUGAAAUCAUCCUCGGGAACCCGGCUUCCGAGCUCAGUGUUGCCAGCCACUUUGUGGCCCGACUUAAGACCUGGAGGGGAAAUGAGCAGGAGGAAUGGCUCCCUCGGACCUACCAGGACCUGGAAGGUCUACCUUGUAUUGUCAUACUGACGGGCAAGGAUCCCCUUGGCGAAACCUUCCCCAGGUCGCUGAAGUUCUGUGACCUCCGACUGAUUGACUCAAGUUACCUGACUCGCACGGCCCUGGAGCAGGAAGUGGGUCUGGCCUGCUGCUACGUCUCCAAGGAAGUCAUCCAGGGUCCCAUCGCCGCCCUGGACCUGAGCGAAAAGGACCACGAGAGGGCCAGCCUCAGCGAGAACGAUGCGGAAGAACUGCUGGUUGACCUGGAGAGGCCCCAGAGCAACAGUAGCGCCGUCACCGGGACCUCGGGCUCCAUCGCGGAGAACGGGGUGAGUUCGUCCAGCACAGCGGACCGGGGCCACAGCUCUGUGACGGAGGGCCGGGCUUCCCCGGGGGCCGCUGCCGCCCCCGCCCCUCCCGCCGGCGCCGGGGACAGCCUGAAGCAGGAGUGUGACUCCCUGGGCCAGCAGCUAGCCAGCAGCACCACCUCCAAGCCCUCGUCCUCAUCGUCCAUGUCCCGGGCCUUCCGCUGGGCCCGGCGGCCGGGGCCGGGCUGUGCCGGCCUGCCCCCGGCCCUGCCGCGCAUCGUGGUCCUGUCCAAGGCCGCCUACUGCCUCCUGGGUGCUCAGAAGAGCGGGCAGCUGCCCGCCUCCUCCGCGCUCCUGCCCCACGCGGACGUGACCUGGGUGAGCUCCCUGCGGCCCUGCCUGCACCAGGACAUGAGCAGCCAAGAGCAGUCCCACUACUAUCGCCAGUGGACGGCGGCCCGCCAGCACCACGCUGACUUCCACAGCCCGAGCGACCUGGGUGGCCCCAGGGGCCUCCACCCCCGCCGGCUGCUGCUGACCGGCCCCCCGCAGGUGGGCAAGACGGGGUCCUACCUGCAGUUCCUGCGCAUCCUGUUCCGCAUGCUCAUCAGGCUGCUGGAGGUGGACGUGUACGACGAGGAGGAGAUCAACACCAAUCCCAGCGAGAGCUGCGAGAUCAGCCAGUCGGAGCGCGAUCACUGGCCCGACGUCGAGAACUUCGGGAAAAUGCCGUUCGACGUCAGCGUGCACGACCCCAAGUACCGGCUGAUGAGCCUGGUGUUCACGGCGGAGCUGGCGGGGGUCAAGCAAGAAGCCAGCAAGGAAGUCAGAGUUGACGACCCCAAGAAGCGGGAGACGGUGUCUAUGAUGCUGACCAAAUUUGCCGCAUACAAUACAUUCCACCACUGUGAGCAGUGUCACCAGUACAUGGACGUGAAUCCCGGGGCCCAGCAGGCGUCAGAUUCCACUCUUCACGCAUUCACCUUCUCGUCCUCCAUGCUGGGGGAAGAGGUUCAGCUGCAUUUCAUCAUCCCCAAAUCCAAGGAGAGCCACUUUGUGUUCAGCAAGCAGGGCAAGCACCUGGAGAGCAUGCGGCUGCCACUGGUGUCGGACAAGAAUCUGAAUUCAGUCAAGAGCCCCAUUUUCACUCCCUCGAGCGGGCGGCACGAGCACGGCCUUUUAAACCUGUUCCACGCCAUGGAGGGCAUCAGCCACCUUCACCUGCUCGUGGUCAAAGAGUACGAAAUGCCGCUUUAUCGCAAGUACUGGCCCAACCACAUCAUGCUGGUGCUGCCUGGCACGUUCAACAAUGCCGGCGUUGGUGCAGCCAGGUUCCUUAUCAAAGAGCUCUCCUACCACAACCUGGAGCUGGAGAGAAAUCGCCUGGGGGAGCUAGGCGUCAAACGUCAGUGCGUCUGGCCCUUCAUCGUGGUGAUGGACGACUCCUGCGUCCUUUGGAACAUCCACAGUGACCAGGAACACUCCAGCGCUCUGCCUUCUCUGCUGACUAACAAUAAAUCUCACAGCCAGUCGGCGGAUCCUGGUAUUGCCAGUAAGAACGUUUCCCUGAAGAGCGUACUGCAGCACAUGGAAGCCACACCAAAAAUUGUCCACUAUGCCAUCUUGGGAAUUCAGAAGUGGCACAGCAAGAUGAAACCUCGAAACCUGAAGGCACCGUUCUCUAGAUGCCAUGUGCACGACUUUAUUCUCCUCAACAUAGACUUGACCCAGAAUGUGCAGUAUGACCUGAACAGGUACUUUUGCGAAGAUGUCGAUUUUAACCUGAGGACCAACAGCAGUGGCCUGCUUAUCUGCCGCUUCAAUAACUUCAGCCUCAUGAAGAAACACGUCCAGGUCGGAGGGCAAAGGGACUUCGCCAUUAAACCCAAAAUCAUGGUGUCAGAGAGCCUGGCACCCGUCUUGCCUGUACAAUAUGUCUGUGCCCCGGACAGCGAGCACACCCUGCUAGCAGCUCCAGCUCAGUUUCUCUUGGAGAAGUUCCUUCAGCACGCCACGUACAAACUCUUCCCUAAGGCCAUCCACAACCUCAGAAGCCCUGUGCUGGCCAUCGACUGCUACCUGAACAUUGGACCGGAGGUGGCCAUAUGCUACGUCAGCUCCAGACCGCAUUCCAUCAAUGUCAACUCCGAGGGAGUGGUGUUUAGUGGACUCCUCUUAUACCUCUGCGACUCUUUUGUAGGCGCUGAGCUCCUUAAGAAAUUCAAGUUCCUUAAAGGUGCUACUCUGUGUGUCAUCUGUCAAGACCGGAGCUCCUUGCGUCAAACAAUAGUCCGCCUGGAGUUGGAGGACGAAUGGCAGUUCCGUCUCCGGGAUGAGUUUCAGACGGCCAACAGCAGCGACGACAAGCCUCUCUACUUCCUCACGGGACGCCACGUGUAAGCGCGGGGAGAGGCCACAGGACAAGGCAGGGAAGGAGGAUGACGGUUGCGGGUUUCUUUUUCUUGAAAGUACAAUCACGGUGGAGCAAAGUGCAACAGCCACGGCCAAGCGAUCUCUCCCCCAGGGUCUCCAAGGUUCCAGGGAAGCCCUGGUUGACCAUCGGCUGCAGGGGCGGGGAUCUCUCUCAUGGAAGCAAAGUUAGGCAAGCUUUACGGUCUGGUCACGGACAGAAAACACGCUUCGGCAGCGAGUCCGUGCGGGUGUCCUGGUUCUCAACGCUCCGCCAGGGAAGAACAGAUGUCGACGGCGACGUUCAGGCUACGUUAUCGGAGACUCAUCCCUGCGCUGCGAAUCUCACUGAAUAUUUAAGUCUGAGGAAGGACGAAUCCUCAGUUUUGCUUAGAUCUGUACUUUGGUACAGUAUUACUCAGGGGUUUGGAAUAUAUGAAUGUAGAAGAAUCUCGUAUUUAAAAGAAGUAGCCUUGUUCUCUUUCUGUGCAGUGUUAGUUUGAAGUUUGUCCUUUUUUUUUUUGAAAUGUAUUGAAACUGCUUUGGCAAAAUUUCCACAGGAGUUUAAAGUUUACUACUUAAACCUGAACAAAUCAGAAAAUCCAGAGCUAAUACCUGGAGGCAUCCAUGCAGCUUUUCCACUCGACUCAUUUGGGUUGCUAGGGUUGUGUCCGUUGGCACAGAGGUGAGGUGCAGAUGGGGGUGGGGUUAGGGGAAACAGGUGAAAUUAGUCGUCCUGGGGCAGUGAGCACCUGAUACUCGUUUGCCCAACCUUCUAGAAAAUAGUCGCUCAGGCAUUGUUGGUUGGCUCUGACUUAAGUGGCAGAGCACCAGCAAAACUAGCAGGAAAUGUCAUGUUUUCAAUUUGUAUAGACUGGAGCCAACGUCAUGUUUUUCCUGCCAUUUACUGAUAGCAAAAUUUCUUGCACAGCAGGCUUAGUGGAAGGAACAGCGCCCACCUUUUCCUCUCAAUUCCCUCAGGCAACCAUUUGCCAAGGGUUGAUGGUUCUGAAGGUGAGUCCAGAAAUAACUGACUUUUUCUUCAACCCGCUGGACAAGUAGUACUACAGUGACAAUCCUUCCUGGGAAAGAAAGGCUCCUAAAAAUCUAGUGGGUUGUUUUGGGGUUGGGUUUUUUUCGG